GCACCGAGGCGGCACACGUGUCUCCCGGUGUAGGUCCUGAAUUUCACCCUACCUCUCAGGAUCGAGAGAUUAGGGGUGGCCCCCAAGCCCCUUCUGGUGUGAGUUCACUGUAACCUGCGUGAGCGUGAUCCACGCAGUUCCCAGCGCUCAGGGAGCCAACUUGGCCAAGCAACUAUCCCGGGAGCGGCGCGCGGGGGGUACCGGGCACUGCGCAUGCGGAGCUCCAAAUUCAAACAGCUGUGUCCAGGGCUGCCGGACCGGUGGACCCGGAGUUGUUGGAGCUAGGGGACUCUUUCUCCAGGAGGUGGCCAUUCCAAAGCCAUGGUGGACCGGGGCCCCCUGCUCACCUCGGCUAUCAUUUUCUACCUGGCCAUCGGGGCGGCGAUCUUCGAAGUGCUGGAAGAGCCGCAUUGGAAGGAGGCCAAGAAAAACUACUAUACACAGAAACUGCAUCUACUCAAGGAGUUUCCGUGCCUGAGCCAAGAGGGCCUGGACAAGAUCCUGCAGGUGGUGUCUGAUGCUGCAGAUCAGGGUGUGGCCAUCACAGGGAACCAGACUUUCAACAACUGGAACUGGCCGAAUGCGAUGAUUUUCGCAGCCACGGUCAUCACCACCAUUGGUUAUGGCAACGUGGCUCCCAAGACCCCAGCGGGGCGCCUCUUCUGUGUCUUCUAUGGUCUGUUCGGAGUGCCGCUGUGCCUUACAUGGAUCAGUGCCCUGGGGAAGUUUUUCGGGGGACGUGCCAAGAGGCUGGGCCAGUUUCUUACCAGGAGAGGAGUGAGCCUGAGGAAGGCUCAGAUCACAUGCACGGCCAUCUUCAUCGUGUGGGGCGUGCUGGUCCACCUGGUGAUCCCGCCCUUUGUGUUCAUGGUGACAGAAGAGUGGAACUACAUCGAGGGUCUCUACUACUCCUUCAUCACCAUCUCCACCAUCGGCUUUGGGGACUUUGUGGCUGGUGUGAACCCCAGUGCCAGCUACCAUGCUCUGUACCGCUACUUUGUGGAGCUUUGGAUCUACCUGGGCCUGGCCUGGCUGUCCCUCUUCGUCAACUGGAAGGUGAGCAUGUUUGUGGAAGUGCACAAAGCCAUUAAGAAGAGGCGGCGGCGGCGGAAGGAGUCCUUUGAGAGUUCCCCACACUCCCGGAAGGCUCUGCAGAUGGCCGGAAGUGCGGCCUCCAAGGACGUCAACAUCUUCAGCUUCCUAUCCAAAAAGGAGGAGACCUACAAUGAUCUCAUCAAGCAGAUUGGGCAGAAGGCAAUGAAAACAAGUGGGGGUGGGGCGAAGCUCCCAGGACCUGGACGUGGGCUGGGACCUCCAGGGGACGAGCUGCCCACCAUCCCCGCGUCCCUGGCACCCCUGGUGGUCUACUCCAAGAGUCAAGUGCCCAGCUUGGAGGAGGUAUCUCAGACUCUAAGAAACAAAGGGCACGUGUCGAGGCCGCUUGGUGAGGAGGCCAGGGCACAGGCCCCCAAGGAUGGCUACCCAACCUCCGAAGGAUUCAUUAACCAGCUGGACCGGAUCAGUGAGGAGGGUGAGCCCUGGGAAGCCCUGGACUACCACCCGCUCAUCUUCCAGAAUGCCAGCAUUACCUUCGAAAAUGAAGAAACUGGCCUCUCGGAUGAGGAGACCUCCAAGUCAUCCGUGGAGGACAACCUGACCUCAAAGGAGCAGCCUCAGCCGGGGCCUAUGGCCGAGGCACCCUCGAGCAGCAUGGGCGAAUUCCCUUCCUCCGAUGAGUCCACUUUCACCAGCACUGAGUCGGAGCUCUCCGUGCCCUAUGAGCAGCUGCUGAAUGAAUGUAAGGCAGACAGCCCCAGAGGCACGUGAGGUGGGCCUGGCUCCCCACCCGCUCCCCAGUGGCUUCCCCUCACCCGGGUUGUCCUGUGAUGGCCAGAUCCCGGAGAGAGGGCCCUGGAGAUGAUGGGGAGCCAGGGACCUGCCUUUCCUUCUGUCCUCUCCAGUUGGCUGGCCCAGGACAAGCCUCCUCCGUUCAGUGGCUCAGUAGGGAGGCUGCUGUCCUAGGCCUGCCCUGCUGAGUCUAUCUGCUCACUUGGAGGCAUGUAGGCCGCAGCACUCACCCUGGAGGGCCUGGGUCUGCUGCUUAAAGCCCUCCACCAUGGUGGUUGACUGUCACACGGUUCUCUGAGGCCACGAGCUUCAGCUGAGCUCACCAGUAUUAAUGGGCAGCCCCCCCCCCCUUGUGUCUGGCAUUUGAAGGAGACCCAGGGUUGGUAUGUAGUUCCCAAAUGUUCUGGG